UGUAGCGCAGGUUCGUUUGGUCGAACUUGCAACAAAUGUCGCUGUGGGAACGAACCUUGUGACAGAAACGGCCGAUGUGUCAAUGGAUCGAGCUGCUCAAGACCAUGGUUUGCACUGGGUUGUCAGUAUUGUAAGCGCUUUCUUUUUUACCGCUUGAGUAUUAUUAAAGUUUUUCUUAGUGCAGUAGCAAAAGAUAAGCCAACAGGGUUGGAUAAACAUUGUUACCAAUCCCCACCUUCCACCCAAAAAACAAAAAAAAAGAAACAAAAAGAAAACUUCGUUAUUAUAUUUUCAUGGUUAAGAAAAGAGUGAAAGAAAAUUUAACAGACUUGUGGAAAAUAUAAAUUUAGGCUCACACUAUUCAAUACUUUUCUCAAAAAUAUAAUAUGAUCAAUCAAAACAAUAUUUUUGUCAAUAUUACUUAACCAUCUGAAACUAUUUCAAAUGACAGUCGAUGUGGCAGCCACGGCCAAAGUGGCCAGUCUACGGUUAACCGAUCAUGACGAUAAGACAUGCCACACGUUUGGUGUUAAAAUGAUCACAGUCGAUCUUGCGUAUCCCGUUGCUUAUACCUGGACCAGGAUUGUGUUCAGUGAC